UGAAAAUCAGUAAAAUCUCACUCUUGCAAGCAUGGAUAGAACUAAAAUUAGAAUAAAUGAAAGUUUCAAUGUGUCAGCUGGAAGGUACAAGGUAGCAGAUUUCUACAAGGAAGGUGCUCCCUCUAUACAGGGACAUGAACCACCGUGAAUGAUCAGCUACUUUGUCCACACUAGCUACUGCAGCUGUCGCGGGCCUGGAGAGGCAGGAGACGUAACAAGGAAGUACCAGCUCCAAAGGAGCUAUUAAAUAGGUCGUAUGGGAGCCACCUGUUAGUCUAUUUCAGGUGAUGUUAACGCGCGGGGUGGAUGCGACCCGUAGAAACGUAGAGAGAGCGCGCACGCCUCGCCACCGACGCGCAGCUCCUUCCCAACGUUCUCCCCCAACCCUCGCAUGCGCAGUUGGCUGGUCGCCAGCUUCUCAGGCCAGCGCUAUGCAACGGCCGUCGUGGGGGCUUCUCCGGGCUCUCUGGUUAACGGGGGUAUCGAUACUACGACUCCUUCUGUGGUCCCUGCCUCAGGAUAGCGCGGGUUUCUUCUGUACAGCUCCUCCAAACAUUUCUAAUGGAUCUCACAAUGGGACUGGAGCCCGUUUUUAUGCUCUUGGAACAGUGAUAACAUACACUUGCAAUGCUAAUUUCUCUCUUAUUGGAGCACACUCUAUUUCCUGUGGCAUGGAUGGUGAUACUAAAAGAGUGUGGAAGGAAAAGCCCCCAAACUGCAAAGUGGUGAAAUGUAAAGAUCCAGUAGUUGAACAUGGAUUAAUAUUAAGCGGAUUUGGACAUUCGUAUACAUAUGGCAACACUAUUAUAUUUGAAUGCAAAACUGGAUAUUUUCUGAUGGGAAAUUAUUUGAUUAAAUGCGGAGCGAACAGUAGCUGGUAUCCUGCGCUGCCUUCAUGUAAAGAAAUUGAUCCAGGUUUAUGCGGUGCCCCAUUAAUUCCAAGUGGGACUGUGCGUCCAUUGCGACAUCAGUAUAGGAUUGGAACAAGUGUUGUUGUAACCUGUAAUAAGCAGUAUUCUUUUCCUGAUGAAACCAUGGAGAUGAAUGUAGCAUGCCAAGGCUACAAUUCCUGGUAUCCUCCUGUGCAAGCAUGUUUCUUUAGAACUUCACCAGACAUUUAUUACCUGUCUAUCCGUAAUGCAAGAAUAAUCCGGGGGAAGAAAACCAGCUAUGAGCCUGGAGAUACAGUUACUAUUCGAUGUUCUGCUGGCUAUACAUUAGCAGGGCCAUCUGAGAUUCGCUACAUUGGUGGGAAGCAAUGGUCACCUAAACUUCCAUCUUGUUACCUGAGUUUUGUCUUCGUACUGCUUAUAGCUGCAUGUUUGCUUAUUUUCUUAUGGCUGCCAGCCCAAUCGGUUUACGCGGCCUUGUGUUCCGAAUAAAGCUAUUCUAAAACAACUGCUAAGAUGAUACACCAAGUAUACUAGAAUACCAAAGAUGCUUAAGCUCUCGUGAAUCUUCAUACCUCUUUGGAAAAGUGACUUGUGUAAUGACAAAUUCUGCUGUGGCAGCACCUUGUGGAAUUCUAUAUGAACAAACUGCUGCAUUCCCCAACAGCCUCUAAGGAUGGAACUAAAUGUUAAAAGAAAUCCAGGUUAUCUCUGAAAAUGCCACAUCUGUUCUGACUUUUAUUCUUUCUUCUCCUUAAUGUCUAGUCAUUGCAACUUACCCCAUGCAAUCAUGUCAUUACACCGUGUAUAUGCUCAACUGCACUGUCACUGUCUUCUGCUGUUAGAGAAAUGUAUAGCAUAAAGAUGUUGAACACAUCAUUAAAUUCUGUAGAGCAGAAGAAACCCAAACCAGGGCUGUAUCCACUUUGAGACUGCUUCACUGUCAGUCUCCGUUGUCAUGAAAAGGGGUUACCUUGAAUUAAUUAAAAACAUCUUACAAUCCAAUAUAUCAAAAUACAGUAGUAAUCCUUCUGUUGUAAACAGCAGAAUGUCAUUACUAUCCAUGAUGGUUUUCCAGAACAACACUCUGCUGCUUUUUUCAAAAUCUCUUUGGAUUUUAGAAGUUCACAAAAGCCAUUCUCGGGUAAGACUUCAUGUUUGAGAUGCACUUGGUUUAUACUGACCACUGCUUUAAAUAUGAAUUGUAUAAAUUGAUGAAGAUAAUUUUGUACUUUUGUGAAUCAAAUAUUUUAGAUUGUAGGAAAUAUCAUGCAUAUGUAUCAAUGUGAUAUGUUAAAUCUCUGCUUUAUAAAUGGUGUGUAGAUAGUGUGUGUCCCUGUACCUUUUUAGGCAGUUACUAGUCCUUGACUAAAAUGAUACUGUGUGAGAAUCGUGCAACAGUAGUCUGCACCACAAAUGAAAUCCUAAUAUACUAACAUAAGUUUUCAGCCAUAUGCAAAACAACAA